UCGAAGAGAAUAUAACCAACUGCACUGGCCACGAAUACAACUAAGAAAACCAGAGGUACACGCUUGAGACAUUUACCACGUCCAACUCCCGUCGCUAUCUUCAUUGCAAGGAACAUCGCCAUUGGACCUGCGACAUUCCUUACCUAAUCUCCUAUCCGGUACGAAUGAAGAGGUAGACACAGCCCCAAAAUGAAUAUCAAAACCGUCACCCUCCUAGGCGCAGACGGCAAACUCGGCCCGGCAAUCCUGCACGCCCUUCUAGCAGCAGACUUCACCGUCACAGUCCUCAAACGCACCUCCUCCAAAUCCCCCGACAACACCUACCCCUCGCACGUAACCGUCCGCCGCGUCUCCGACGACUUCACCCUCGACACCCUGGUCCCCGUCCUGCAAGGCCAAGACGCAGUCGUCGUCACCAUCAAAGGCACGCAAACAGGAGUGCAGACCAAGCUCGCGCGAGCCUGCGUGCAAGCGGGCGUGCGCCGCUUCAUCCCUGCGGAUUUCGGGAGUUGUGAUUCCAGCAGCGCGUGGGCGCAGAGUCUCGUGCCGCUGUUUAAGCACAAGACGGAGCUGCGCGAUGUGCUGAUGCAGCUGGCGGACGAGAGCAAGGCGUUUUCCUGGACGAGUUUGGUGUGCGGGCACUUCUUCGACUGGAGUCCCGAGUUCUUGCACGUGUGGGUACGAGAGCGACGAGCGGAGACGAUUGAUGGUGGACACGCGAAAUGGUCUGCCAGUACUUUGGCGCGCAUCGGCGAGGCGACGGCGAGGAUUUUGUUGAGGCCGGAGGAGACGGAGAAUCGCGUGGUAUACGUGCAGAGUUUCCUUGUUUCGCAGGUGGAGGUUGUCAGGGCGUAUGAGCGGGCGACGGACUCUCAAUGGGCCGUGAAGGAUUUCGAGUCGAAGCGGUACGAGCGGGAAGAAAAGGCCAAGGCUGACGGAGGGGACCGCGAGGCGGUGGAGAAUUUGGUGUGGUUGUUGGGCACGCUGGACGGGAAUUGGGAGGAGAAAGACGGGUUCGCGAUGAAGUUGCUCGGACUGGAAAACGAGAAUCUCGACGCCGUGGUGCGAGGGGUGGUGGAGGAGCAUGCAUCGAAGUCUUGAUUGAAGCUACAUACGCAAAAUCAGAGCAUCUAAGCUACUUGACAU